AAGUUUUGACUUUAACUUUUAAGUUUUGUUUUAACCACUUACAGCUAGAGCGGCUUUAUGGUUUUCGUUUGCAAAUUCAUUUUUCCAUCUUUUCAUUCUUUUGGUUCAAUUUUGUUAAAGUAGCUGACUCCGCACAUUUGCAAUAUGGACCAGAACAGCGGACAAUGGUACACAGAUGUGUGCAGAGCAAACAGUGAUCAGCAGUGUGAUGAUUUGGGCCAGUCUGUGCGGGGCUACGAUUUCUCCGAUUCUUCGGUGGAUUAUUCGAAACUGUUAUCUGCUUUCCGAACUACGGGCUUUCAGGCCACUUGUUUUGGUUUAGCAGUUGAUGAGAUCAACAGAAUGAUAAAGACGAAGAUUACUCCCAAACCUGAAGACCGUUUGGCAAAAACAAAUUGCACCAUAUUCCUCGGCUACACCUCGAAUAUGAUUUCUUGUGGAGUUCGCGAAACGAUUAAGUUUCUGGUGCAGCAUAAUAUGGUGGACGGCCUCGUUACUACAGCCGGUGGGAUAGAAGAAGAUUUUAUGAAGUGUUUUUUACCGACAUACGUCGGCCGGUUUGAUAUAUCCGGUGCUGAAUUAAGGAAAAACCAAAUCAACAGAAUUGGAAACUUACUGAUCCCUACGAAAAAUUAUUGCCAGUUAGAAGAUUGGAUUAUGCCGAUUUUGGACCAGAUGUUAGUCGAACAACAGAAGGAAGGUAUGUUAUGGACGCCAAGCAAAUUAAUACAUCGACUUGGAAAAGAAAUUAAUAACCCGGAUAGCGUUUACUAUUGGGCUUGGAAGAAUGACAUUCCUGUUUACAGUCCGGCCAUUACGGAUGGCGCAAUCGGGGAUAUGCUGUAUUUUCAUUCGUACAAAAAUCCGGGAUUAGUUCUUGACAUCAUUCAAGACGUGCGAAGUUUAAACCUUUUGGCUGUGACUGCGGUUAAUUCCGGCAUGAUUAUCCUUGGUGGAGGUCUGAUCAAACACCACAUUUGCAACGCGAAUCUCAUGAGAAAUGGAGCGGACUUUUCGGUUUUUGUGAAUACUGCGCACGAAUUUGAUGGUAGUGAUUCCGGUGCUCGACCCGAUGAGGCUGUUUCCUGGGGAAAGAUAAAGAUUGAUGCUACGCCUGUGAAGGUUUGUGCCGAUGCAUCAAUUAUUUUUCCUCUGCUUGUGGCGGAAACAUUUGCCAAAAGUUUUCCAAGAAGUUGAAGUGCUUUAGAAAAAGUGAUAGAAUGCUCACAGAUCCAGAACGGGUGCAGCUGUCCUUGUGAAGUUUUUAAAUUUGGAUAAUAUUAUAUCUGUGUUAGUUAGCACUCUAAAUAUCUUUCUGGUAUUGUUGUUAUUUUGAAUGCGCUCUUUCGCGUUAGAAUUAUGACAAAUGACCAACAAAAAAGACGGGAAGUUUAGACUUCACAAGUCAGUUGAUUAAA